AUGAUGGGAGGUUGAAUUAUAGGAGCAGAGCAUGAGUUGGUGCAAUCAUUUGUAUGUCAUCUUUUUUUCCCCCCUCUCGUUUGGGUUUUUGUGUUGAUUCCUUUUCUCUUUUGGUUAAAAGGGGUGAAAAAUUCUCGUCUUUGUUUUUGCUCCUGAUGAGAUUAAGGCGUCGACAAUGCAUUCCUUCUUGCUCUUCAAUUCGCAGAGUUGAUGAGGAUGACGUUUAUUGGAGACAAGAUGAUGGUGAAGAGUUGGCAUGGUCACAUAAUUCUCCUCACGUAAUUUCGCAGUUAGCUCAAUGUUUUACUAAUGCUAUGGUUGGAUCACGAUCAUGGAUAGGAGGAUUCUUUAGCCGUUCUAGCAAUAAACGCCAUGGAAAUGACAGUAUCAUUGACAACUCUUUUAGCCGUAUUCAGGAGCAAAGACUUCAAAGGCUUCAGGAACGCUUACAUGUACCUUUUGAUGAGACUCGCCCUGAUCAUCAAGAAGCUCUUAGAGCAUUAUGGCAGGCUGCCUUCCCCAAUGUUGUUCUAAAAGGUUUGAUCUCUGAGCAAUGGAAAGAAAUGGGGUGGCAAGGCCCUAACCCAUCAACCGACUUUAGGGGCUGUGGUUUUAUUUCGCUCGAGAAUUUGCUAUUUUUUGCCAGGACUUAUCCGGCUUCUUUUCAUAGGUUAUUGUUCAAGCAAGAUGGGAAACGGGCAACAUGGGAAUAUCCAUUUGCUGUUGCAGGCAUUAAUGUAUCAUUCAUGUUGAUUCAGAUGUUGGAUUUAUAUUCAGCAAAACCAAGGUGUGUUCCAGGAUUCAAUUUCAUCAAAUUAUUAGGAGAAGAUGAAGAAGCUUUUGAUGUGCUAUAUUGCAUAGCUUUCGAGAUGAUGGAUGCUCAAUGGCUUGCCAUGCAUGCUUCUUACAUGGAAUUUAAUGAGGUUUUACAAGUAACACGGACGCAAUUAGAGAGGGAGCUUUCUUUAGAAGACGUCCACCGGAUACAAGAUCUGCCAGCAUAUAACCUCUUAUACCAGUAGCUUUUGUUUUGGGCUCCUCUUCAAAAGCCACAGAAGCAUGUAAUGAGACUCGAGCAGUUUACCGAAUAAACAUGGAAAGUUCUAAUACCUAAGGAAUCUCCUGGAAUGCUGAACAGAGGGAAGAUCUGUUCUCGAGAGUUCAGAUGUAAUUAGAAUGUCCCACUUUUUUAGAGGCCUUUAGCUGGAUUUUGUACAUUAGAAUGGACUCCAAAAAAAGCUAUUGGCAGGAGGUUCGACCUGAUGAACAUUUGUAUGACUUAUCAUGGGCUGUGGGCUGAUUAUUGGAACUGAUAGAUUGAGUGCUCGAUCCUCAAACUUUGUGCCGAGAGAGAGAAAAGAGGGAAAGGUGGUCACAGUGUGUAAGCACACGAUGUUUUGGCGAGUGUUUCAAAGUUGAUCUGACUUGAGCUGUGGUCCUCAUUGGGGUCUAAAACUUGAUAGUACCUGCACAUUUGUUGUCAGACCCCCCAACAAUUUUUCAUGCUUUAAUGGCACUUGAAUUUUUGCCGGACCACAGCUAACUUACAUCGGUGUGUAUGGAAAGAACGAAAUAGAAUCAAAUUUAUUAUUUGAUUUUUAUAUUUUAUAUUUAAUUUU